UGUGCCACCAGGCAGGGUUACUUCAGGUCAGAACCGAGCACCCAGCCAAUCGCAGUUACGCUUUCUUAGUCACGUGACGUCACGUACUAAGAAAGUGUAAAAUCACACAAAUACCGAUAAAUACAUUCGUCUUCGAAAAAAAAAAAAAAUAGUAUACGUGUUCAGCUUCAAGCAAUCGGAAUGUCUCUCCAGAUGCAAACUGGCUUUGUGGUCUGCGUUUCUUUGCUACCUGGUGUCGUGUCAGAGUAACAGUUUUAAGUUUUCUUACUCCUUCAGCAGUUGCCAGUGGUGCCUUGAUACUCAACUCAAUAUCUCAACUGAGGACACAUUCUUGAGGUCUUGCAAUCAUGUUUCCCAAUGAGGGUCAAGGUCAUCAGGAAGCGGCUCAUCCCACCCUCCUAACUUGUCUUGGCACAUCCUCUGCAGAAUCAUCUUAAAUUUUCCAUCCAAGAAGGUUAAAAAUCUAGGCGACCCCACACUGACAGGACUCCUCUUCUGGUAAAGGAAUCUUCUUUUCCCUUCACCCGAAAAUGGAACUUUUCUGGGCUCGUUCUAUUUUGGGUUCUCCCAAGGCCAUGUCUAGGUCUUUUACACUCUAAGCAUGUUCUUGCUUCGGGAUCGUGGUGAGAACCUUGUUUGUGAUGAAUUUCUUUAAUUGGGAAUGACCAGUUUUGCCGUGGUGUCUUCAGCUUCUGUUUCACCGUCCAAAGUUGCUUACCCAUCAUCAGCUUAGAAGUCGCGUUGACUAAACCUUAGUGUAGCCUCACGAAACUUUCCAGUGCCUUCUGCAGCCAGAUGCUUGAAUCCAAAGUUCGCACAUCCUGGUGAUGCUGUGGCACCGGACGAGUAAACUGGCUGGUUGUGGAACAGGAUUUGUGAGAUGCAGAGAGGAAUGUGACGGUGGGGGUUUGGGUUCAUCCUUUAGUGGAUGAAGCGCAGAACCGUGAUGCAGUCUCACCUCCACCUUAAAUUCUUCUGCCACACCUAUAGCACAUCUCACCGCUGUUCUGCUCGCCUCAUACAUGUCCUGAACUACUCUAACAUAUUUCUCCGCCACACCAGACUUGCGCAUGCAGUACCACAGUUACUCCCUUGGAACUCUAUCAUAGGCUUUCUCUAGGUCUACAAAGACACAAUGUCGCUCCUUCUGCAGCAUUUCGCUUAUGUUCCUCAAGGCGUUCUACUUCUCUCCUCUUUACCUUCUAUCUUCAAUUUUCCAUCAGCACUUUCUGCUAUGAAUUGGGCUCGUUUCUUAGCAUUCCCUGCUUCGAUUUCCUUUUCCCUAGCUUCUCUUUAAGCCUUUAAAAUUGGACCUACCACCUCUGGUCUUUGAAUCUCUUCCCGUUGUUGACGUUGAGCAUUGGUUGUCUUUAUCAUCCUCUCCAUGGCUGCAACUUCAGAUGCUGCUCGUGUGGCGUUUAAGGACAGGAGGGAAGGAUGCACGGAUUUGCUGGAAGAAGGCCUUGAGUUAGCUGUCUGAGCUGAGGAGACCCUGGACACUGUAGUGUCAAAUACUGAUUCAGCAUCAGGCCAAGAUAUUGUGUGAAACUCUGCCGCUGUGGUGCUGUUGAGCCUUUAUAUUUGCAAUCUUGGCGAAUGCUUGACAUGGAUCAUUCAUUCUUCUGAUGUCAGUUUCUGGACUUGUUCUACGUUCUCCGCUGGGUCAUGAGUAUGUACUUUGCUUUACAUCACGAUGUUGUUGAAGCCUUUCAUCAACUUCACCUUUAUCGACGUGAAAACCACCUUGUUUUAUGCGUGACAUGUUAAAUGUAUGGAAAAAAAAUACCUUUCUUGAACAUGUAAACAGAAAAUGAACGGUUAUGUUGACCACAAAACUGAAUCAAAUCAAAUCACCUUAACUAGAGCUUUGCACUAUGAUCGUUGCGGCGGACGAUUGUUGUCGGAGUCAUUUCAUAUUGCUCUAAUUGCUAUAUAAGUCAUCUUUUUCCACCAUUGCAAGAUAUCCUUGAUAUCAAACAAAUAUCCAAACAUCUUCAUGGAAAGUAUUUAUUCAGUAUCUCGGAUAUCAAAGGUGUUUGAGCAUUUAUUUGAUAUAUUUCCUAUUGAAAUUUGAUAUCCUUAAUAUUCAAUUGUCGGCCAUUAGUUAUGGAAACGGCGGCACGGUGGAUCAGCUCGUAACUCGUUCGCCUCACAAAUCUGAGGUCCCGGGUUAAAUCCCGGCCCCGCCUGUGUGGAGUUUGCAUGUUCUCCCCGUGCCUGCGUGAGUUUUCUCCAGGCACUCCGGAUUUCCUCCCACAUCCUAAAAACAUGCAACAUUAAUUAGACACUCCAAAUUGCCCCGAGGUGUGAUUGUGAGUGCGGCUGCUUUUCUCGAUGUGCCCUGCGAUUGGCUGGCAACCGGUUCAAGGUGUACCUCUCCUCCUGGCCGUUGACAGGAUAGGCUCCAGCACUCCUCGUGACCCUCGUGAGGAUAAGCGGCAAAUAAUAUGAUGGACGCAUAGUUGUGGAAACAUUACCGCUGCAUGAGUCCUUCUACUGGGGCGCUGAAUUAUUAUCCAUCCAUCCAUUAUCUGAAGCGCUUAUCUUCACAAGGGUGACGGGAUAUAUUAUUAUUAUUAUUACUAUUGGCAGCACGGUGGCUCAGCUGGUAAAGCGUUGGCCUCACACUUCUGAGGUCCUGGGUUCAAUUUUACCCCGCCUCCUGCCCGUUGACAGCUGUGAUAGGCCCCAGCACGCCCCGCGACCCUUGUGAGGAUAAGCAGCUUAGCAAAUGGGUGAAUGGAUUAUUACUAUGAGUUGAGUGGUCGAAAUAUGCACUAAAGAGCUCCAAGUGUGCUGCCUUUGCUGACGUCCCGGCGACCGGAGUCCAUCCCCGGGUCCGAAAUCCACUCCAGUUUUUCCACCCGCCCACCUUAUCCGAGGCACUUUAAGCACUGUGCGCGCUCGCGCGUGCGUGUGCGUGUAUGCCAGAGAGAAGCCGACUCUUGUUUACCGCAGAUAUUCCACGGAGGACCCAGCCACGCACACACACACACGCGCGCGCGCCCUCACUGUGGGAUUUUAGCAGCUGCAACGUGGACUUGUUUUUUUUUCUCCGCCUUUUGCUGGAAGACGAAAGAAGCAAAAAGACGCGAGCAUACCCACGCGUUUCAGCGACAGUUUCUUUUUCUUUCCUUUUUUAAAAUUUUUUUUUUUCCGUGGCACAUUUCCCCCUGAGCCCAUCCUUCAACCUCCACGGGGAGGACCACGACGGGCACCCGACACCGGUGCUGCUCACUGGGCUUCCCGGCAUCAAGACACUCCAGCCAGGCUCUUCAUUCAUUUUUUUUUUUUAACCCCCCCAGCAACAUCACGCAGUUGCCACCCUUCUUUUUCUUCUGGGGUGUCCCCCCCCCCCCCUGUGCUCCACGCGUCCACGCGAGAGGCAUUCACGCCUGCUGCUGAUGAGGAUGGUGGGGAUGAGGGUGGAAUUGAAGUGCUGAUAGAAUGUGGGUAGAACCUCAUUCUGAGGCCUUGUUGUUGUUGUUACUGGAAGAAGACAUGGAGACUGAAGACGGGGAUUACCAUCAUCGUGUUGCUGCUUCCAUAGCAGUCAGUGCAUUUUGGAGGAAAUAGUACUACCCCCCCCCACACACACACACAUUUUUUACUCCUCUACCCCCUUAAUUUAUUUAUAUUUAAAAUCUAAGUGGACAACAAUCCAGUCCAUACCGCUUGGACUACGUUUUUUUUUUUUUUUUUUUAAUCCCCCAUUUGUUCCGGACCUUUGUCGUUCAUCUCAAUUUGCUCUUGGAUAUAUUGGAUAGAUUUUUUUUUUUUUUAGAGAUAUCAAUUAUCAUAUUUAGCUUUUUUUUAAAUUGAUAAGGAACAUGAAAGUUGGCAAACUACAAAUGGGCAGCGGCACUGUCUUGUUUUGGGCUGUGUUGACGACCCUUUGCACCAUCUGCGUGUGGCCCUCAUAUGGCGAGAUCUGCGGUCCCAGCAUCGAUAUCCGGAACGACAUCAGCCAGUUCAAGCGCCUGGAGAACUGCACCGUGGUGGAGGGCUACCUGCAGAUCCUCCUGAUCAAGACCAACAACAGCAAGACCAAGAACCAGGAGGUUUUCCGCUCGCUCAGCUUCCCCAAGCUGACCGUCAUCACCGACUACUUACUGCUGUUCCGCGUGCCGGGCCUGGACAGCCUGAGCACGCUCUUCCCCAACCUGAGCGUCAUCCGCGGACGCAACCUCUUCUACAACUACGCCUUGGUGAUCUACGAGAUGACCAGCUUGAAGGACAUCGGCCUGUACAACCUGAGAAACGUCACCCGCGGGGCCAUCAGGAUCGAGAAGAACCCCGAGCUGUGCUACUUGGACUCUGUGGACUGGUCUCUCAUCAUGGAUGCUGAAUUCAACAACAUUGUGAGUGGGAAUAAGAAGGCUAAGGAGUGCGACAAUGUCUGCCCGGGCAUUAUGGAGGACAACCCGUUGUGUCAGCAGACAACCUUCAAUAACAAACAGGAGUACCGCUGCUGGACCUCCAACCGAUGCCAGAAAGUGUGUCCCGGCCACUGCAAACAGGCGUGCACCGACGAGGGGGAAUGCUGCCACAGCCAGUGCCUGGGCAGCUGCACGGAAGCCCACAGCGACACGGCCUGCGCCGCCUGCCUCCACUACUACCACGAGGGCCGCUGCGUACCCGACUGCCCGCCCGGCACCUACAAGUUUGAGGGCUGGCGCUGCAUCACCAUGGACCUGUGCUCCCAAGUGCACCUCCCCAGCGACGUUCACUUUGUCAUCCACGAGGGCGAAUGCAUGCCCGACUGCCCCUCCGGCUUCGCGCGCAACGAGAGCAACCGGAUGUUGUGCAGCGCCUGCAAUGGUUUAUGCGAUAAGAUCUGCUCGAUCUCCGUCAUCGACUCGGUGAACGCCGCUCAGUACCUGAAGGACUGCACCGUCAUCGCCGGCAAUCUGGACAUCAACAUCCGUCACGGAAAUAACAUUGCGUCUGAGCUGGAGAGCUUCAUGGGCCUGAUCCAGACGGUGACGGGCUAUGUGAGGAUUCGUCACUCCCACACACUUGGAUCGCUGUCCUUCCUCAAGAGUCUGCGUUACAUCAACGGGGAGGAGCUCAUGGACAAGAUGUAUGCCUUCUCCGCCAUCAACAACCAGCACCUGCACGAUUUGUGGGACUGGACUCAGCACAACCUAACCAUCCGGGCAGGACGCCUCAACUUCCGCUUGAAUCCUAGACUCUGCAUGUCAGAGAUCCACACCAUGUGGAAGAAGACUGGCAUCACCGCCAAACCAGAGUUGGGCGAUUUCCGCAACAAUGGUGAAAGAGCGAGCUGCGAAAGCAACAUCCUCAAGAUCUUGUCCAACAGCACGUCCAGCUACACGAUCCGGCUGACAUGGGAGCGCUACCAGCCGCAGGAUUACAAAGGCCUUAUCAGCUUCAUGGUCUACUACAAGGAGGCCCCUUCUCAGAACAUUACCGAGUUUGACGGUCAGGAUGGCUGUGGCUCCAACAGCUGGCACACGGUGGACGUGGAUCUUCCUCAGGAUAAUAAUACCGACCCCAAAGUCGGCAUUCACCACCUCAAACCCUGGACCCAGUAUGCUAUUUUCGUCAAGGCCAUUACCCUGCGGGUAGAGGACAAGCACAUUCCCGGUGCAAAGAGUGACAUCAUAUACAUUCGCACACGCCCAUCAUUGCCAACAGUGCCCAAAGACCCUCGUGCCUUUGCCAACUCCUCCACCAAGCUACUGGUCAAGUGGUCGCCGCCGCUCUUUCCCAACGGCAACCUGACUUACUACCUGGUCCGCUGGCAGCAGCAGCCGGAAGACCGAGAGCUCUAUCUGCACAACUACUGCUCCAAAGACCUGAAGAUCCCGAUCCGGAUCCCCGCGAUGGGAUUUGCAGACAUGGAGGAGAUAACCAAGCCCACCAAGUCGGAUCUGUCGGGGCCGAAGAAGGGUCCCUGCUGUGUUUGCCCCAAGACGCCUGAGGAGAAGGACCGGGAGAAGGACGACCGUGUUUUCUUGAAGCUCUUCGAGAACUUCCUUCACAAUGCCAUCUUUCUGCAGAGACCUCAGGAACGUCGCCGUCGGGACCUGUUCGGCCUUGCGAAUGGCACUGCAUUAUACGAGGGCAGCUCCGGUGGCAGGGGCAACACUACGCUCGGCCCGAACGUUAACAAAACGGACGGGAUCCCUCCGAUUAUGGAAUACCCGUUCUUUGAAGAAAAGAGCACCUCGGAGAGCGCAGAGAUCCCCAACCUGAGGCCCUUCACCGUCUACCAUAUCGACAUCCACGCUUGCAACGAGGAGGUGGGCCACUGCAGCGUGGGCGCUUUCGUCUUUGCUAGGACCAAGCCUGCAGACAAAGCUGACGACAUCCCCGGGAAAGUUCUCUACGAGAUGAACGACAAGACGGAAGGUUGCGUGCUGCUGCGUUGGCCCGAGCCCGUCAUGCCCAACGGACUCAUCCUGAUGUACGAGAUCAAGUACCGUUUGGGAGCAGAGCCCGAGAAGCACGAGUGUGUCUCUCGCGAGCAGUAUCGCAAGCACCAAGGCGCUCGUCUCACCAACCUGGGCUCGGGGAACUACUCGGCCUGCGUUCGAGCCACGUCUCUGGCGGGCAACGGCUCCUGGACGGAAAGCGUGUCAUUCUACGUGCCGCCGCCCAAACGAGACAACGCUGCCACCCUCUAUCUGAUUAUCAUCAUUCCCAUCUUUGUGAUUCUCUUCAUCAUCGGACUCUGCACCAUCCUCUUCUUUGUUAACAAAAAGAGGAACAGCGAUCGACUGGGGAACGGAGUUCUUUACGCCUCAGUCAAUCCAGAGUACUUCAGCGCUGCAGACAUGUACGUCCCGGAUGAGUGGGAGGUACCGAGGGAGAAGAUCACCAUGCACCGGGAGCUGGGCCAGGGCUCUUUCGGCAUGGUCUACGAGGGCAUCGCCAAGGGAGUGGUGAAGGACGAGCCCGAGACCCGGGUGGCCAUCAAGACGGUCAACGAGUCGGCCAGCAUGAGGGAACGCAUCGAGUUUUUGAACGAGGCGUCCGUCAUGAAGGAGUUCAAUUGCCACCAUGUGGUGAGGCUUCUGGGCGUGGUCUCCCAGGGACAACCCACCUUGGUGAUUAUGGAACUGAUGACCGGCGGAGAUCUGAAGAGCCACCUGCGUUCUCUUCGCAAAGAAAACACCAACGUCCAGGUCUUGCCCCCGCUCAAGAAGAUGAUUCAGAUGGCGGGGGAGAUCGCUGACGGCAUGGCGUACCUAAAUGCCAACAAAUUUGUCCACAGAGACCUGGCAGCCAGAAACUGCAUGGUGGCGGAAGACUUUACGGUCAAGAUUGGAGAUUUUGGCAUGACCAGAGAUAUUUACGAGACAGAUUACUACAGAAAAGGAGGAAAAGGCCUUCUGCCCGUCCGCUGGAUGUCACCAGAGUCGCUGAAAGACGGCGUAUUUACUACCAUGUCUGAUGUCUGGUCGUUCGGCGUGGUGCUGUGGGAGAUCGCCACCUUGGCAGAGCAACCCUACCAGGGCAUGUCCAACGAGCAAGUGCUGCGCUUCGUCAUGGAGGGAGGACUCCUGGACAAGCCUGACAACUGUCCUGACAUGCUGUUCGAGCUGAUGCGGAUGUGCUGGCAGUAUAACCCCAAGAUGCGUCCGUCCUUCCUGGAGAUCAUCAGCAGCAUCAAAGAGCAGCUGGACCCCCCCUUCCGGGAAAUGAGCUUCUUCUACAGCGAGGAGAACAAGCCGCCCGACACCGAGGAGCUGGACAUGGAGGUGGAGAACAUGGAGAACAUUCCGCUGGACCCCGCCGCCACCAUGCAGCCCCCGGUGGCCGCCCCCUCGGCGGGGUAUGCCGCGGGCACGCCGCCGCCCUCCUCGGCCCAGCAGCCGCCCGCUGCCGCCGCCCCCCCUUUCUUGACGCCCGGCUCGCCCGGCGCGGGUCCCUCGGACGUCAAGCACGCGGGACACGGGGCGGCCAACGGGCCCGUCGUGCUGCUCGGGCCCGACUUCGACCAGAUGGAGCCCUACGCGCACAUGAACGGCGGCAGGAAUAACGAGCGGGCGCUCCCCUUGCCCCAGUCGUCGGCCUGCUAAUAUCGCCCCCCCUCCCCUCCCCAUCCUCCUCCACAGGGUAGCCCAGAUCUCUCCUGCAUCUCUGUGAAGUGACUUCUUCUACACAAGAGAGAGACUUGGUGUCUGUCCUUAAACAAGGAAGACUUCAAAAGACUAAAGAAUAUUUUCUUUUUCUUUUUCUUUUUUAAGCUUAUCUGCCAGUAAAAGUCAACAGAAGAGCACUUUUUUCCCCCACCCGAGAGGACGAUGCGGAGUGUGUAUUUAUAUACAGAUUCUCUCUUUAAUAGCAUUUCUCUCUUUUUUUUAAUGUAUCUUUUCACAUCAGCGGACUCUCUCGUCGUACAUUUUAGAUAUAUAAAAAAAGGAAAAAACAUUAGUGUGAGUGGAAGAAGAUAAAAGAAGAUGAGGCUGUUUUUUUAGUGAGUUGCCAAAUGGAGGCUGCGCUUCAGAGUAAAGUGCAUGUUGGGUAAAAAAAAAAAAAAAAAAAAGGGCGGCAUUCGGGCUAAGAAAUGACAUCAACUACAAUUGGAACAAAGCAAAUCCCUCCAAAAAAUGAUUUAACGUCUAAUUAAUGUGAUGAAAACUUUAAUUCAAGCACUUCAUUUGGUACAACUUCAUUUCAUAUUUGUCAUCCGUUUUUUUCAUAUAUUUGAAUAUCAAUAUACCUGGAGGACCAAUAAUUCUAGUACACGUUUAGUCCCGUCUUUCAACGCAACCUGUUUGGAGGGGGCGGUCCUUUCUCGUGCAUAUGAGCCACUCCUUGCCCCGCCCCCUCUACUGUGGGGCCAUUGCAGAGCACAGCUUUCUUUGUUAUUACAUUAUACUACACAUCACUUUCAUUCUUAUUGUGAUUAUUUCCUUGGCAUGAUGACUAAGCGUGGAGCUACUUUUGAGCCUCAAGUAAAAAUAAAUUCAUAUCGCUCAAUCACGACUUGAUUACACUUAGAUAAGCGGUAAAAUGUGGAUUAUCUGAUCUGCCAAGUAUUACAAAAUGUUCCAAAUCUUUCCCUUCUUAAACCAUAAUUGUACUUCCUCAACUAAAUCCGCUUUCAAUUUUAUUAAGUUGACAUUUUAAAUCAAAGUUCAUCAAAGAAAGAAUUGGAAACUAAAGUAAAGCUGGUUCAAAUAAAAUCCAAAUGAAUCAAACAAAUAUUAAAAUUAAACUUGGAAUGAAUGAAAAUCAAGUUUGUUUUAUAUAUAAUCAGUUCCCUCUGGAAACAUUUUUUUUUUAAAUCUUUUUUGCAUGUAAUUUUCUCAUUCUGCCACAUCCAAACAACCACGUGAGCAUAAUUUGCGGGAAAUUGAACAAUGGAUACAUUACUUUUAUUGGAAUGUUCUGGACUCCUGCUGCCCAACUCAUCCGAAAAGUUUUGUGGCUUUCUUUCGGUGGUCCUUUUGCCGUCAUCUCCCAGCAUGCACUUGACGCAGCAGACAGGAAGCACGACGUUGCACGUUUGACCAUCUCUCACGGUUGACGGAUUUUCAUAUCGCCCGGCAAACAAGUCGUCGGUUUGUCCCCUUUUGACAUUUCUAAAGUGCGUUUGCCUCCGUGUGUGUGUGUGUGUGUGUGUGUGUGUGUUCAUGACAAAGCUGCUAUUUAUUCUCUUUUCUCGGAAAUCCUUCAGGUUUGCUAUUUUAAUGCUCUCCACUACUUAUUUACAAAUUAUAUUAAAAAAAAAACACAAAAAAAAGAUUUUAGUUAGCAAAUGUCUUUUUUUUUUAGACAUUUCUCUGUAUUUGUUUGUUGGAUGUCUGAACUAUUAUUAUUAUUAUUAUUAUUAUUAUUAUUAUUUGGAAUGGACACCUUAGCUCCGUGUGUGAGCUUUCUUCUGCACCCUUUUUUUUUUUGUACUUUUUUGUGGUCUAGCACUGCGCCUCAGGGUGCGUCUCAAUCUCAGGUCAAAGUUUAAAAAGGCUUUUCUUCUUUUCUCCACCAAUGUUCUUCUUCUCUUCCUCCUCGCUCUUCAUCUUCCCUUCUGUCUGUGCCACUUUUUUUUUAUGAGCAACAUUAACCAAAUGUUUGUUUUUAAAGCCCAGUCAGGGUCUUGUCGUUUGCCUUAAUAAUGUUUUCUCACAUUUCUCCUUUUCUUUUUUUUUUUUAGGGUUGGGGGGUGUUUUUGUUUUAUUUUUUUAGUUAGUGAAACACACACUCCUACUGCCCUAUUCAAGUGUUAUUAUUUCUUCUCAAACCAAAUAAAGAAUGACUACAAUAGCGGAAAAGAUAUGUUUUGAAUGAUAAUUUUGGAGAAAAAAAAACGUCUUAAAAUGGAGGCUGUAAGUAAUUGUGAAGGAUUUUUCCUAAAUUUUAUUCUAUUUUGCAAGAUGUUUUCUUUUCCCCUCGGUAAUUUAUUUUUUAAAUCAUUUUUUUUCUUCUUCCUUUAAUGAUAUCAGUUUAAAUCACUGUAUAAAUGCUCCCGUGAUUCAGUAUAAAGAUGAAUUUUUU